GUGCGCGGCAGGCGCGCGUAGGCUCCGCGACCUAGCCUGUAGCCGCCUGCGCGGAUCGGCGUCCGCGCCGGGCGGCCGCUGAGCUGCCUGGGGGCACAGUGUCGGGGGCACAGAGCCAUGUCUGACCUGCUCCUCCUAGGCCUGAUUGGGGGCCUGACCCUGCUGCUGCUGCUGACACUGCUGGCCUUUGCCGGGUACUCAGGGCUGCUGGCUGGGGUGGCAGUGAGUGCCGGCUCACCCCCCAUCCGCAAUGUCACUGUGGCCUACAAGUUCCACAUGGGGCCCUACAGCGAGACUGGGCGGCUUUUCACCGAGAGCUGCAGUGUCUCCCCCAAGCUCCGCUCCAUCGCCGUCUACUACGACAACCCCCACAUGGUACCCCCUGAGAAGUGCCGCUGUGCGGUGGGCAGCAUUCUGAGCGAGGGUGAGGAGUCACCCUCCCCUGAGCUCAUCCAACUCUACCAGAAAUUUGGCUUCAAGGUGUUCUCCUUCCCAGCACCCAGCCAUGUGGUGACAACCACCUUCCCCUACACCUCCACCCUGUCCAUCUGGCUGGCUACCCGCCGUGUCCAUCCUGCCCUGGAUGCCUACAUCAAGGAGCGGAAGCUGUGUGCCCACCCUCGGCUGGAGAUCUACCAGCAAGACCAGAUCUAUUUCAUGUGCCCGCUGGCACGGCAGGGAGACUUCUAUGUGCCUGAGGUGAAGGAGACAGAGCGGAAAAGCCGGGGGCCUGCGGAGGCCAGUGACACCCAGAUGGAUGGCACAGGAGCUGAUACGAUGAGUGACACGAGUUCUGUGAGCCUGGACGUGGGUCCUGGCAGCCGGGAGACUUCGGCUGCCACACUGUCCCCUGGGGUGAGCAGCCGUGGCUGGGACGACGGCGACACCCGCAGUGAGCACAGCUAUGGCGAGUCAGGCGCCAGCGGCUCAUCCUUCGAGGAGCUGGACCUGGAAGGCGAGGGGCCCCUGGGGGAGCCAAGGCUGAGCCCUGAGGCUGAGCCCCUCGGGGCUUCCAAGUGGCCCCGGGAACCUAUUACUCCGGAGAAGGGUGAGGAGUAGCCCUAGGCCUGCACCCUCCUGGGGUGCAUUUGCCAAGGAACUGAGCAGACUCUCCAGUCCUCUUCCUCCUUCACCUCUCAGGCCCAGGCUGGGGCCAAGGGUCUCGGGGGGACCUGAUUUCCACUGCCCCCGGGCCCUAGCUAAGCCUUCUUACUGCCCUCUUGGCUCCCAGGGCCAAAGGAGCCAGGGACUGUAUUCUGCACCCAGACCCCGGGGCUUUCGCCCCUCUGACAUGUUUUUUCAGAUUCACAUUGGAGCUUCCAGGACUCAGAAUAAAGCAAAUGAUUUUCUCGUUUCACCUGGA